AAUUGUCUUAUUCGCAAAAUAUAACGACGCUUCGUAUAUAAGUAAAGUACUAUUUAUAGAAUAGACACCAGACAUUUGACUGUCGGAGAUAUCUAUUGAAAAGAUCCGGAAUAUUAAAUAAAAUAUGAUUGAAAAGACAGGCAACGAAGUUUGAAAAUCAAGUUUUAUGUUGAAUAAUUUGGCGCCAUUUUCGUCACACUUCCGUUUCCUCAUUCAUUACAAAUAUUGAUUCAUUCAGACAACUUGCAAGGCGAUCUGUCGUUCAGAUAAUUACGACUGAGGAAAAUGGACUCUUACAAUUUUGGAUUCAAAGAUGACCUUGAAGACGAAGAGGCUGAUGAAGAAAAAAUUAUUUACAAUUCUAAAGAUGGAAUGAUCUUUCUGAUUGAUUGCAACGAAAGCAUGUUCUCAGACGAUGAGGAGAAUUUCUUCACGACAUGUAUUCAGUGUGUCCAAUCCACAUUAAAAAACAAAAUUAUUCAAAAUAAUCGUGAUCUUGUCGGUGUCGUCUUUUUUGGAACUGAAAAGACCAAAAAUACUGACAAUUUUGAACAUAUCUAUAUUUACCAGGACUUGGCUCGUCCUAAUGCUGAAAGAAUUAUAAAAAUUGAAAAUAUGCUUACUGAUGACUGGAAGACGUUCCACGAGGACUAUGGUCACAAUUCUAAUUAUCAAAUGAGUGAUGUAUUUUGGCUGUGCUCACUUUUAUUCUCAAAAUGCACUGAAAAACUUGGAUUUCAGAGAAUCUUGCUUUUCACUAAUAAGGAUGAACCUCACACGGAUAAAACAGAACUUGUUCAUUGUAGAACUCGUGCCAAUGAUCUCAAUAAAACAGGAAUAUCUCUGGAGCUGCUGCCCUUACAACCUCCAAAUCAGACCUUUGAUGUCAGUAAGUUCUACAAGAAUAUUUUGUCUAUCAUUCAUGGAGAUGAAAUUGAACAGUUGCCUGACACAACAGAAAAACUGGAAGGCUUGUUAGAGAGGGUGAGGUGUAAAGAGCGUCAGAAGAGAGUUCUACGUAGGUUACCCCUACGUAUUGGUGAUGGUAUUGAAGCAACUGUUGGCCUUUUCCGAUUGAAGCAACGUUGCCAAAAACCUCCGUCUGUUCGUCUUUACAAGAGGGACAACAGUGAAGUGAAGAGUAACAGACAGUUUUAUCUACAGGAUACUGGUGAAACUCUUAUGCCUCAAGACAUCAAAUAUUCCAAGACAUAUGGCAACAAGACUGCUACAUUUGAGAAAGAGGAAGUCACGAAAAUUCGCAUGUUUGGUGAACCAGGAUUCAAACUCCUGGGUUUUCAGCAACAGAAAGAUGUGAGAACACAUUACCAUAUUAAACCAACACACUUCAUUUAUCCUGAAGAGAAGUCUACAAGUGGCAGCACAUGCUUUUUCUCAGCUUUACUUGACCGAUGUUUGCAGCGAGGUGUUGUACCAAUUUGUGAAUAUAUAUCAUCUAAAACAUCCGCUCCGGAAUUUGUUGCCUUACUGCCACAGAAAGAAACUUUUGAGAAUGAAAUCCAGUCAAUGCCACCAGGCUUUCAUGUGCUUUACCUUCCUCAUGCUGAAGAUUUCCGAGAAUUAAAUGUUGCCCCUACUACAAAAGCUCAAGACGGACAGAUUGAUUUGGCCAAGAAACUCAUCAAAUCCCUUAAAAUCAAAUACAACUUCACCCACUUCGACAAUCCUCCUCUUAAGUACCAUUGGAUGAAUAUCGAAAACAGGGUCCUGGACAAGGAAUCAUCUGAAGAAUUUGUUGAUAAUACAUUACCAGACACUAAGGCUAUGGAUAAGAAAGGUGGAGAGGCAAUAAAGAAUUUCAAAGAAGCUGUGUUUCCCGAAGACUACAACCCAGACAACAAGAAAAAGAGAGCUGGAGGCGGCGACACUGCCAAAAAGACAGACUCUAGUAAACAUCCACUGACGGACAAAGACUUGAAAGUAUAUUGGAUGGAUCAGAAGUUGGAGCAACUCAAAGUGGCUGACCUUGACAGACUGAUGAAAGAAAAUGGUAUUAAAUGUUCUACGAAGAAAAAGAAAGAUUUAAUUGAUGCUAUUAAAAGCCAUUAUGGUGAUAGCAACACAUAGGUACCCAUCUUUUGCUGACCAAUACCCAAAUCCACAACAGUCGAUUAUAUACAAAAACCUUCAUGUUAAAAGAAUUGAAGAAGAAAAUAUGGAUUCACUCGUUGAAAUGUCAUCAAGAUUUUUUGUAAUGAGUUGCUAUGGAAAUGGCAGCUAAUAUUGCAUUUACUGCUGAUUAAUAUAGGAUUAGAGGGGAUUAGUGUCACAACAUUUUGAUCUUUGUUUUUGUUAGUCUCACACAUACACAUCUCAUUCUCUCUCUCUCUACACACACACCAUAUUUGAUGGUCUACAAGACACAUUUUUUUUUUCCUGUAUAUGUGUUGCUGGAAUCAGGGCAUGUCUAGUCUAAUAUACCCAUAUGUCUUUUAUGCCAUCAAAUACACCAUAUACACAUGUGUGUGUAUAUAUAUAUAUAUACAUAUAUAUAUAUAUAUGUAUACAUAUUGUGUUUGAUGACGUAUAAGACACUUUUUUUCCAAGAAUUUGUCUCAUAAAACUUGCCUUGGGUCCUAUGUGCAAUGCUGGGUUUCUUUCACAUGUUUUAAUACACUAAGACCAUUUUUCUUUCUGAAUAUAUGUUACUGGAAUCAGGGUGAGUCUAAUAUGCCCAUCUUUUAUGCCAUCAAUUACAGUAUGGACUUUAUUUUUAUUCUUGCAGCUUUGCUAUUGUUCUGUGAAUAUUCCCUGUUCAUUGAACGACAUUUAUGUUUUGCAUUAACACACCUCUUUUAAUAACCAAUGCUGGAGCAAACUUAUUCGUUUCUCAAAUCAAAUUUAAUCAAGUAAGCCUCCCGUCCUGCAAUAUCGUCUCAUUAGACUAUUUGUAGAUACAUGGUUUUCACUAAUUCCAUUGUGUCCAGACUCAACUGAUGACAUCCGGUGAAGUUUCUGGAUUCAGUUUUUGACAAGUUGUUCUCUCUUUACUUCAUACAGAUAUUUGUCUCUUUCUAUGUAUGUAUGUAUGUGUGUUUAGUU